AAAGCCUGGCUUCCUCCGAGGUUACCUGGCUCGCUGGCUUGCCCACCUGCUGCGCGCGGGUGUCCGUGCCGGUCGUCCCCGCGGGGGCGCAGGAAACCCCCGCGCAAGGCUUCACGGCGCGCGGGCGUGGGGCGGGACCGGCGUGGCUUCUGGAGGCGUCCGCGUGAGGACGAGCGCGCGUUUCCCACCCGGCACGGGCUGCCCGCGCGCGGCCGCGCGGGAGGCGCGGAGUGGGUCCCACCUUGCCCGCGGUCACGGAUGCAGAGUCGGGGGCGCCCGACGGCUGGGCGUCGGGCCCGGACGAGCCUGCAGCCCCGCGGCCGCCCCGCCGCCCCCGUGUUCACGCGCCUCUGCACGCGCGACCACGCUGGGACCCGCUUUUCCGUCUCGAAGAUUCCACACCAGCUUCUGUGGCCGUCCUCCAAGAAACUUGUUCCACGUGGGUCCGUGUGGAAUUUUCCGAGGCGGCACCGAGCCCACAGGGUACCAUACCUGUAUGCCUUGUAGACCUCGUGCUUGGAAAGGCUGACGGAUGGCUUUAAGACAGCUGAGCCCCGGUAGACACCAGAAAACCCAUGGCUCUGUCUGCGUCUUUCACCAUGAGCGACCCCCAGCCAGCCACGGGAGGAAUCUCUGAAGUUGAGGCCAUCUCCCAACAAGUAGAGGAGGAAACCAAGAGCAUUGCUCCCGGGCAGCUCGUGAACUUGGCCUAUCGGGACUUGCCCCUGGCCGCGGUUGACCUCUCCACGGCGGGCUCACAGCUCCUGUCAAACCUGGACGAAGAUUACCAAAGAGAAGGGUCCACCUGGCUGAAGCCGUGCUGUGGGAAGAGAUCGGCCGUGUGGCAGGUAUUUUUGCUCAGUGCCAGUCUCAACAGUUUCCUGGUAGCCUGUGUAAUAUUGGUGGUGAUUCUCCUGACUCUGGAACUUCUAAUAGAUAUAAAGCUUCUCCAGUUUUCCAGCGCAUUCCAGUUUGCUGGUGUGAUUCACUGGGUCAGUCUGGUCAUUCUCUCCGUGUUCUUCUCAGAGACUGUGCUCCGGAUUGUGGUGCUUGGCAUCUGGGAUUACAUCGAGAACAAAAUAGAGGUGUUUGAUGGGGCCGUGAUCACACUGUCCUUGGCCCCGAUGGUGGCGUCCACUGUGGCCAACGGGCCGAGAAGUCCCUGGGACGCCAUCAGCCUCCUCAUUGUGCUGCGGAUCUGGCGGGUGAAGAGGGUCAUUGAUGCGUAUGUCCUGCCUGUGAAGGUGGAGAUGGGAAUGGUCAUCCAGCAGUACGAGAAGGCCAAGGUCAUCCAAGAUGAGCAGCUGGAGAGGCUGACGCAGAUCUGCCAGGAGCAAGGGUUCGAGAUCCGGCAGCUGCGUGCGCACCUGGCGCAGCAGGGUCUGGACCUGGCCGCUGAGCGGGAGGCGGCGCUGCUUGCCCCGCAGGUGCUCGGCCGGCAGCGCAGCCGCGACCAGGUGCGGGGGGACACAGCGGCCCGGAGCGGCGUGGAGGCGCUGCCACCGCCGGCAGGCACCCGAGUCCCAGAGCCCACUACCUGUGUGGUCACCACAGCUGCCAUCGACAUCCACCAGCCCCAUGUCACCUCUGAGGCCUGCUCCGUGGACGUGGCCAUGAAGCCGGGCACCAGCUCCCACUCCACUCCCAGCUCUAUCACCCAGGCCCAGAGCGACAGCAGCCAGACACUGUGUUCUUCCACAGACUACAGCACCACCCAUGAGGACACACCUGCAGCCAGCCCCUCACCACUGCCACCACCCCAGUGGCAGAUCGUGGAUGCCACAGCCCGGGACCUGCCGUCUCCCCUGUCCCAAGACGCCAGCCCAGCCCCUCUGCCUCACCCAACAGGCUGUGCCCAAAGCAGACACGCGCUGGAGCGCAGCAUAAGCCUGUUCAGCCAGACCAACCAGGAGGGCUUCACUGUCCUUCAGAUGAAGCUUGUCCCCCACCUCCCACCUGCUGUCACACCAGAGGAGAAGUUCAGGUGUGUGGACUACAGAGAGCAGACACGGCACAGGGUCCUCGAGGCCUCCAUGGCAGACAAGGAUGCCACCUGAGUCCAAGGCGGGGACGCCAGGCCAGGGGGCCCCGAGCUAGCUCCUCCUCUGGCCCCCGUCGGACUGGUGCUCGUGGCUGGGGUCUCCCAAACCGUUUUUACACACCACCAGCCUCAGCAGGGUCGAGUCCAGGCUCAGCCAUGCCUCAUUCCCGGACUGUCGGGAACAGCACUGUGAGCACCUCCCUCCCAGGAGCCCCAGGUGCCCCACACACACCACCACCUGAGCCUCUUCCACUCCCAGCUCAUUUCCGCAUGAGCAGUUCUGCAUCUUUUCAGGACGUGUCUACUUGUCACCUUCACAAGGUGUGAAGGUGGGAGGGUGGGGAGGGAACAGCCCUUGUCCAAUCUCAGCUUGAAGAAUAAAAACCAGCUGCACUCAAGACCUGAGCGUUGGCAGGCGUCUUCCUUCGGUUGGGGCUUACUGAAGAGAGUGCAGUGCCUGGCUGGGGUCGCCCUGAUGGGUCACCUGGGACACACGGCUAAAAGGGAGGAACACCAGCAGUUGUCAAAAGAGUUAAGGACUAAGUGUCCAACUGACCCAUCUUGGGGUGUCACCUGAGGCAUCCUGGGUCACUAAAGGCAAAAUUACAGCUUUCAGCACUCCACUGAGGCUCCUUGACACCUCCCGAGGACCCUGUCACGUGGGUGUCACUAACCCACUUCACAGGCGAAAAGCCCCGGGCUCAGAGCGCGGUCUGAGACUCAAGGCCAAACACUGAUGCGAGGCCCCCGGCAGUGUGCUCCCAGGCGUCUGAGCUUCGAGAAGCACAAUGGUCACUCUCAGCUUCCGUCACACGAGGAGGCUGGAGGGCAUUUCCUAAUGUGGGACCUCUAGGCCAGGAGCCAGCGCGGUCCUGGAGUAGCCGGCUACAGCCCCAGUUGUAAGAGCGGCUUUCUCUCUGCACUUCCACACUGCUGCGAGCUGCCCAUCUGCCUUCACACGGAAACGGGCAGGACGGGUGUCAGACUGGGGAGAAAGGCACCAGGGCUGGUCCCCACCUCUGCGAGGGCAGUCCACGGUCACGGCUUUACAGGGUCACACUUACCUUGAGGCCUGCAGUGCAUGACGUGAGAGGAAGAUACCUCGCCUUCUAGGGCUCCCCUGGGAGCCACAGCCUGGCGUUCCCGGCUGGUGGGCAGCUGAGGCUCAGCAUCCCUGGGGGACGGCUCCCCCUUGCUCCUCCACCCGGCAGAGCCCCCCUCUGGUAGCCUCCCAGAGGGAGGAGGUUCUGGGAAACAGCAGCUGUCUGCUUGAAGCCAACAGGAGACUGAUGACACUAAUGGCUGCCCCUCACUCAUCUCCUGCUGUGACAGGGGCUCCUUAUCACAGCCCUGCAGAGAGGUGCUGCUUUCCCUGCUGGAGAAGAGAAAUCAGGCCUGAGGGCACACUGCUACCCUGGACACCAGUGGAAAGGCUCAAACCCUGGUCUGUGCAUUCCAUUCCAUCCUGCAUGGGCAGAAAUGAGCCGCCUGGAAUUAAACCUGGAGACAUGAGGGCAGCCAGAACUCAGGCCUCCAGCCCCAGGCAGUCACCGUAGCCGGGCCAUCCUCCCAUACUAGCCUUGGCCAAUCCUGUGGCCAAGCUGCCACCCUGACACGCCAACCUGGCAGCAAGGACAUGGCUCAGACAAGGCCAGCCCCCAGGAGAGCUGGGCUGCAGGCCUGGCCCACAGUCAGCCUGCCCUGAAUGGCACCACGGGCCCCUUUCCAGCCAGCCCUGGGUACGGCCUCCGACCCCGGCUUUCUGAAGACCAAGUCUGAAACCCUGCACGAGAGAGGUGCGUGGUCCGGGAUGCUGUGUAGCGUGGCGGGGUUUGUCUCCGGGGUCCUCAGCCCCAAGACAGCUGUACCUCUGCUGCGGCUUCCCAUCCUCGGCCCAGCUGCUGCUGUGCACAAGGGUUGUUGCCCCAGAGCCUGCACUUGACUCAGAUGUUUGGGGUCCCCUGCCCUCGUGAUGGCUGCAGGGACAGCCAAUGACAUACUGCAGGGAAAGCCCUUGGAGAAUGUCUCGAGGGAGACACAGCAGAAGGUACCCUCAAGGAUAACGGAUGCCUGGGUUGUGCAGCGCCUGCCCACGCUCAGCAUGUCUGGGAAAGCGUCUGGGGACCUUGCCUGCUGCGGACAGUGUGCUGUGGGUGGGGGCUGACGGGACAGGGCCGUGCCCAGCCCAGGCAGUCUGCUCCUCCCAGCUUGGCCCUGCACACACAUCCCAUUGGCUCCCGUGACUACGGCCGUCACCCUGACUUGGGUGAAGAGCACUGUGCUUCCCAAGACAGGAGGUACCUUACCUGCCUUCCUGGGAGCAAAGGACUACAUGACUGCUCUGGGUAUUUUGGCUCCAGUGCCGAAAACUGGUGCCGUCUCCUGGCGAACACUAAUUAUCCAAAGGAGAUGACACGACACCUGCUGCGAAGUGCGCUGCUCAAUGACCCACCGCACAGCCCUGGCACAGUUCUGUGCAGACCGCAGGGCAGCAGGCCUGACUCGGCCGGUACCAGCAGAGGACACCUAUGAGGACAUGGCACACCGUGGUGACAGACUCGGUGGUGAUGGGACUCCUCCACCGACAGCAGUGAGGACCCACAGCACGUCGGAGGAAUGAGUGGGGUACGGAGCCCUGCCUGCGUCCCCAGCACGGUGGCUCAGACACAAUCAGGGCGCAGCAUCCACCCGGCUCCUGGUGCUUCUGCCUGGGUCACGUCUGCUGUCCGUCUGGCUGCCUCCACGGCACCCACCCCAGCCAGGCCGGAUUAGGGACGUCCCCCAUUCUCCCACAGAGGGACUUGGGAUACGGCCUGGGGCUGAGUGCGGGCUGGCCCGAGGUCACCCCCUACUGGCUCCUUCCCUAUUUCCGACCUUUUCCAAUUCUGAGGUGCUGACUUCCACGAAACGCUUUGUAAACCCGGGGUAACCUGCAAGGUGUCUUCAUUUGUGUCCCCCACAAAACACUCUCUGAAACCUACAGAUACGGAAACUCUAAUAGGCUUUCUGCACAGUGAUCAGCGAGUUCGCCUUUAGCUCGGCUGGCCCAAUCCAGCUUCUAGAAGCCACAGUGUCCUCUGGGUGUCUCAGCCUCGUAAGGACACUCUCAUGCAGAUCACAACACCCUCGUGAGACGGUGUGUGAUGCCACCCAGCCAGCUACCUGACCCACUGGGCGUCAGGCCCCCAGCAGAGACGCGCCAGAGGAAAAGCCCACUGUCCAGCCUGGAGCUGACCCCCUCACCCCCCGCCCUGUCCAUCACUUCCUCCUCCCCCAACCCCUUAUCCUGUACACACUGCUGGCAGGCGGUUCCACGGACAUUAGGGCACGGGCCUUCCUCACAAAAUGGCAAUGGCCCCUGGUAGCCAGGAGGGUGGCAGUGACGCAGCUCUUGGUGGAACACCCUCGAUAAGCUGACAGAUUUCAAGCUAACACACAAGCGAGGGGCAAGGGCAGUGGCUGCUGCUGGCCCACUCGCUCCACUGUCAGCUUCCCUUCCUCCGGCACCAACAUGUAGAGAAGACAGUGCCAGAAAGACUCAAGAUUGGGCGAAUCGAUUGAUUUUCCUGCAAAUCAGGAAAGCCUGUUUCUGACGCACCUGGCACGGGACCGUCCCUGGUCCGGCUCCGCGGGCAAAGUUUGAGACCCACUGACCUACGAACAGAAAGGCAGGCCAAACUCACUUGGCGGCACAACCCCUCCCUGCCCCCUGCUCCUGCCCCACACCCCACAUGGGGACGCUGUGGGCUCAGCGAGGGAGCCCUUGUGCUGACGUCAUGCUGCCCACUUGUCUGAUCAGCAUCUCGUCUCGUCUUUCCUGGGAGCUGCCAAGCCUCAAGGGAGGGCUGUGACCCGGUGGCGGUGUUCUCAGGGUCUGGCCAUCUGCCACUGUCCCUUCAGAACACGAGCUCUUCACUUAGGUCAGAGGCUGCGCUCCCGAGUCCCACACGGCCCGCAGGGACAUUCCCCAGACGGCACGGGGCCAGGGGAGAAGCCGGACCCUGUGAGCAGCCAGACGCCCGCUGGGGGCCCUUUCUACGUGCAGGUUUCUGCCAAAGUAACCAGGCCACCAAAUCCCAGGGACUGGGCGAUCUUGACCACAGACCUCAAAGCCUCGGGACAGAGGUGGGCACAUGAAGGUCGGCCGCUCCCACACCCGUCCCCAAGUGACCUACUGCUGGGUUUCCAGUCAAGCAGACAUAAAGAGGGCCAUCGAAGCCACCCUCUGGCACAUGAACGGAGUUGAAGACCAUGCUGCUAGGAAGGGAGGUGAACACCAUGGCUCCUCCUCUGCGGGGAGCCUGCGUGUGCCCUGGCACUCGGCCCCUGUUCCCUGGUCCCGCGGCCAAGCUGCACCACCACUCUGUGCCUCAGCUUCCUCAGCUGUAAGACAGGGACCUCAGCAUAAUGUGCCAUGUGCCAUCCCAGAGCUGUCUCGCCUGUGUGUGGUGCCCUGCGCAAACACCACGCUGCUGCUGGCAUGAUGGCCACAGGGGCCAGGGCACAAGCCAUGAGCAGCUGCCUGGGGCUGAGGCACACGAGGCGGGAGGGAGCCAGAGGAACACAGACGUGCGUGUGUGCGCGUGUGUCCUCCGUGAGUCAGGACACCAUCACCUGUGCUAUCCGUCCAGCAAGGGUGAGGGGGUGGACAAGACCUGAGCAUCCCUGUCCUGAGGGUGAUCCCAGCCCAGGGCCUCAGACAAGUCACUACAUUCCGCCCUGUACCAGGGCUAGACCAGGCGGCCGCGCACUGACAGCAAGGAUCCAUGACUUAAACACAGAGCAUCGCUUCGCUGCUGUCCUCUCACAUCACUCAGACAGGCUGGAAAUGCCAGCGACAUUUAACUUCAUCAGCUGAGUUACAACAAGUGGCUACCACACAAAUCACAAAGGGUUCCACUUUUUAGCCCCAGGCCGGCCACACAAAGGGAACUGGCUGGCCCCUGUGCGCUCCCCUCGGGCAGCACUGGUCACUUCCCAUCCCUUCUGAGCUCUUUUCCUCGUCCUGUGAACUCCUGUAACUUGCACAUGUGCUCCAGGCUGUCAGCUCGUCACUCAGCUCACCUGUGGGCCCAGGUCCCCGUCCCCGCCUUCCUGUGGGCCUGGCCACCACCUCAGCAGCCUCUGCUUGCUCCUCGUGACCGUCUCGACCUCGGCCGUGCGCCUGGACAGGAGAGCGAGCGCCAGUGCACAGAGGAAGCCGUGAAGGAGGCAAGAAUGAAAUCUGUGUAUCGUGUCGAACUGUCUAAUAAGCACAAGGGGCCAAAGGGUCUUGAGGCUGCGGUCCUCCUCUGUUGCCCCCUCCCUUCCUGACACGGUCCUGUCCGCACUGCACUAGCGCCCACGGCACACGCCCCACAGGGUCUGCGGCGCUGUCGGCACACGAGCAUGGUUUUCUGAUGAUGACAGAGGCAUAUUUAGGGUAACGUCCAUGCUGUGUGGGGAGACCAUGCUUUUUAAACUCUGAAUUUGCAAUCAAGACCCCUUCUCUCAAAAACUGGCUUAUGGGGUGAGUACGGCGGCAACAUCCAUGUUCACAGUCUCACAAACACAGCCCUCCAUGAACAAGACCAGCCAAGAAAAAAUAAUAAAUGAAUUACUACCUUUC